AUGGCUCACCAGCAUUAUCGAUCGCCGUUUGGUGACACAACGUUUACAAAAGUGUUCGUCGGCGGACUUGCUUGGGAGACAUCAACAGAUGUAAUGCGAAGAUAUUUCGAGCAGUUUGGGGAGAUUCUUGAAGCUGUUAUCAUCAUUGAUAAGAACAGUGGGAAGUCUAAAGGAUAUGGAUUUGUGACCUUUCGUGAUCCUGAAUCGGCAACGAGGGCUUGUGCUGAUCCAAACCCUGUCAUUGCUGGGAGAAGAGCCAAUUGUAACAUUGCUUCAUUAGGCCGGCCUCGGCCUUCACCGCCUCGAGGUAGAAAUCAAAGAGGUGCAAUACUACCACAGGGUGCAUCACCAUCGUAUAGUGGAGUCCCAGCAGGACCACCACCAUUAGCUCCGCUUAUUCCCCCACCACCACCACCUCCUGCCAUUUAUCCACCUUAUGGGUAUGCAACAUACCCACCUGAUUAUGGAUUCCACCAAACUAUAUAUAACCCUCAACUUCAGCAAUCACAAUACUAUCAUCAGCUCUAUGGAGGGUCUUCUUCAACCAUAGGAUCUCCUUACUAUUAUGGAUACUCCAUGCAAGCUCCAAGGGGAACAUUUUCUGCACCCCUGGCGCAACGUAUCCAAGGACCACCUUAUCUUUAUUAUCCUCCACAGAUGGAGGGGUCCUUCCCCACUUAUCCUCCACCUCCCACUUUACUACAGCCAACAAGGCAUCCAUUUCCUUCUUCUACUG